AUGGCCAACGGGCCGAUGAAGACACUGAUUUUGGACUUUUUAGGAUACACAACCAUCCACGGAUUGGGACGACUGGCCGCCACGAAGUUCUGGAUACAGAAGCUAGUAUGGACACUAGCCUGUUUGUCUUCUCUGGCAGCUGUCCUAUAUACGACACAAAAUCUGUACCAACAAUACCUAUCAUUACCUAUCUCCACGAUAAUCAGUUUCGAGCAGAAAAGCCAACGAUUUCCAACAGUUCAAAUCUGUAACCUGAAUGUCAUACCUUUCUCCAAGGUCAGAGAGGACAAAAAACUCGCUCAAAUAGUGGAAACUGCUUCGGAUCUAACAGGCAUUGAUAUGAACUUGUUCACUGAUGUACCGUUGCCCAAGUACACGUAUGAGUCGCCGAUCCAAGUUUCUGAAGAUACUGACACGGCUUUGCGGAUAUUGAACACAAUGUUCCUCUUGAGAGCUUAUGACAAACUGGAAGAGGAUUAUUACAACAAUGACACGUCCUCCGAUUUUAUCGUCAAAUGUUUUUUCACUUCCAUCCCAUGUGCUGACAGUGACAUCACAGAUAUUUUAUCGUCGGAUUUUGAUACUUUGUGUGUCCAGUUUGAAGUAAACGAUACCAUCAAGACACCGGGACCGUUAUCUGGGCUAGAAUUGAUUGUUAACGUACAACAACAAGAAUAUGUCCCGUUUUUUUCACGAUCCGCCGGAGUGAAAAUUUCCAUUGAUAAUGUUAACUUUGAUGUACCAACUGGAUUCGAUGUUGACAUUGGUCUAUCAACACUCGUAAACUUAGUCAGCGACAUCGGUGGUCAGCUUGGCCUCUGGAUAGGAAUAUCUGUUUUAAGUUUAUUGGAAGUCUUAGAACUCAUCUGUCUUUUGAUCCGGAACAUAUGCAAGCGGAACAAACUGCGAGUCGCUCAAAACGAAUUAGCUCUUUCAAACCCUGGAAAAGAUAACCAACGCCAACCAGAUAUUAUGAAAGUUGAAGACCCCCAUGAGUGA